AUGGCCAGACAAGAAGAAGAAGAUAAAGGUAGAAUUCAAUUGUUGAUAGCAAUGAAGGGCCAUCCAGGCACAGGCAAAACCACCUUAGCCAAUUCCUUAGCCUCAACUCUCAAACUCCCUCUCUUAGACAAAGACGACGUGCGCGACAAACUCCAGAGUCUCCAAGCCUCCUCCUCCUCUUCCGCGUCUUCCGUACUAAACGACGCGUCGAACCGCGUCAUCUGGCAGAUCGCGGCCACCCAGCUACGCCUGGGCCUCAGCGUCAUCGUGGACUCGCCCCUCUCCCGUAGGGCCCACUUCGAGUACCUGGCCCAGUUGGCGUCGUCUAGUGGGGCCCGCCUCUUGAUUGUGGAGUGUAGGCCCAAGGAUGAGGCGGAGUGGCGCCGAAGGCUCGAGCGCCGCGCUGAGGAUGGUGGAGGGCCGGGCUGGCACAAGCCGUCCACGUGGCGGGAUAUGCAGAGGCUAUUGGACGGGUACGGUGGGUGCACGGAGUACGAUGUGGGCGAUGUACCCAAGCUGGUGGUGGAUACUACGGCGGCUUUUGAAGUCGAGGAGCUUGUCUCCAGUGUGGUCGAGUUUAUCGAAAUUCACAGCCACAGGGGUCGGCGAAUGACAUCUGUCCACCAAGGACUAAAUAUUAUGGAUUAA